AUGUUCAGCCGCACCUCAAGACCCGCCGCCCGCGCCGCCCGCCGCCAGCUCCACGCCCCCAAGACCUCCCGCACCACCCGCUUCCAGUCCACAGCCUCCAACCCCUCGCCCGGAUCCAGCGGAGCCCUCGCCGGCGGUGCCGCAGGCGGCGCCGUCGCCCUCAGCAUCGGCUACGCCUGGUACCACUUCUCCGGCGCCAAGGCCGCCGUCCGCACCGUCAAGGAAACACAGGACUACGCCAACAGCGUAAAACAGGGGCUCGUCAAGAACGCACCCGAGCCGGAUAAGGCGCUCCAGUGGCUUCGUGAGACUGCGGGCAGUUAUGCGGCUUGGAUCCCUGGGGCGCGAGGAUACGUUGAUACGCUCUUUGAUGACCUUGAGACGAUUAGGGGGAAGCAUGGCGAGGAGUUUGAUGCUAUCAUGAAAGACGCGUAUAAGGAGAUGAAGGACCUUAGUCGGAAGGGUGGCGCCAAUGCUGAUACUGCCUUCCAGGCGAUGAGUAUCCUUCAGAAGCACCUGAACCGCUUGCUGGAUCUUGGGGGCGAUGCUGCGGAGGAUAUCUUGAACAACCACCCGCAGUUGAAGGAGAAGGUUGGUGGGAGUAUCGAUCAGCUGAAGGAGCUUGGUGAUGCGUAUGGACCGCAGGCGAAGGAGGAGGUCAACAAGACGUGGGAGCAGAUCAGUGGGAUUAUGAAGAAGGGCGCUAGCCUUGACGCCGCGAAUGAGAUCCGCAAGCUUGUCCAGGAGAAGCGCGAGAAGCUGCAGAAGCUGGGCGAUGAGGCGUGGAACAAGGGCAUGGAGGAGUCGAAGCAGUACCUUGACAAGAACCCCAAGGUUAAGGAGCUGGUGGAGAACAAUGCCGAUAAGCUGAAGAAGGGGAACUUCUCUGAGCUGUGGGGUCUUGUGAAGGACAGUGCUUCGAGUGGAAAGACCGAGGACGUCGAGAAGUAUGUCAAGGAUAAGGUCGGGCAGGCGAAGAACACGGCUGAGAAGAGCGGUUUCAACAUCGACCUCGACAAGUGGUCUGGUUUUGUGCCUGGUGGCUCGGAGGUCCUCAGUCAGCUGAAGGAUCUGCAGACGGUCGGCGAGAAGAAGGGCAAGGAUGCGGAGAGUGUGCUGAAGGACACGGCCAGUGAACUGCAGGAGGUCCUGAAGAAGCGCAAGGAGCAGCUGGAGAAGCUGGCGGACGAGGCCAAGGAGGAGGCGAAAUAA